AUGCAGUCUAAAAGAGCUCGCAACCUUCUAUCACGUAGACUUAUUAUAGUGGGCGAAGCAACGUCACAACAAUCUUCAGUGGCCGAUCUACCUUUAUUGCUACGGCAGCAACACGACUUGAACCGAUUAGGACGCCUUAAUACAGUCCGUUCGAUUGCGUUGAUCGAAGAGCAGUGUCGUGCAACCUAG